CACACACACACACACACAACCUCUCUCUCCACACUCUCAGUCUGUCCCCACAGAGAGCCCGGAUAUCACUUGUCCACACUUCUCUGGCGAUAUGAGGAAGCUGCUGGCCACCACGUCUUUGUCUCUACUGCUUCUAGCAGUUCCCUGCUGCACACUGGCUGAUCAACCCAAGGCUGUUGUGGUUCUGGACCCACCUUGGGACCACAUCCUAGAGAAGGACCGUGUCGAGCUCAUGUGCCAGGGUCCCCCUGGUCCCAAGGACUACUUCACUCAAUGGUGGUUCAACAGCAGUGCCCUGGCCCAACAGACGUCCUCAUAUGUGAUCACUGCCGCCAGAAUCCAGGACAGCGGUGACUACAGCUGCCAGACAGGGCUCUCGGCUCCCAGUGACCCCCAGCAACUGCAGGUGCACAAGGGCUGGCUGCUGCUGCAGGCGUUGCCCUGGAAGGUCCGUGUGGGGGACCCCAUCCGGCUGCGCUGCCACAGCUGGACGAACCGGCUGGUGACCAAGGUCGUCUAUUACCACAAUGGCACAGGCCGUCGCUACUUCCAUAUAAACGAGGAGCUGAACAUCUCAGCUGCAGUGCCUGCUGACAGCGGCUCCUACUUCUGCCGGGGCCUCAUCGGGCGUCUCAAUGAGUCCUCUGCAACGGUACACAUCCUCGUGGGAGAUCUCUCCAUUCCCUCCCCCUCCCCAUCCACCUCUUUCCCCUCCUCUGCCCCCUGGUACCGCAUCGCCAUCAGCUUGGCAGCGGGAUUCCUGUUCACACUGAACACAGGGCUCUGCUUUUCCGUGUGGAGCGACCUUCGACGGUUACUGAGGGCCAAGCAGACAGAGCAUGUCCUAUGGAACCGGGAACCUCAAGACAAAUGAGGCCUCAGGAGUGUCUGGACACUCCCCAAGCCCUCUCCUCUUCCCUCCUCAAAGGCAGCUCUGGCGAAACCUCAAGAACCGGCCCUCAUCCCAGGGCCAUGAGGCAUGGGCUGGGUUGGCCAACUGGCUCCUAAUACUGACUGCUAAUACCAGGGUCCCUUGCUGGGUGAAUUCCGGAACCCAAAGACUACCACCAGAACUAACCUCCACUAUCAAUACCCCAGCACAGCUGGGGGUAGAAGCACCUUUGAGCACCACACUCAGGAGAGGACAAGAGCAGUCUCU